CUUCAUUAUCCAUUUUUUCAACUAUUGUUCGCUUUCAGCGAGGAGGAUGGACUCGCAAAUCCAAGUGCUAACAGCCAAUGACUUUUCCUUUUCCUUUUCGCCUCAAAAACCAUGGGGAAUGGUCAAUCUUUAGAUUUAGAUCAUAAGGGUGCAAGGUUUUUGGUAAUAUUUUGAUUUCCUAGAAUCCUAGUAACCCAGAAAAAUUUGAUCACUGUAAAUGCUAGAGAAUGGCAAGCUGUGCAGUGGAAGGAGGUUGCGCUACCGAUUACAUUGCUAUUUCCAUAGCCAUCCUCUCCAUGAUUUUGCUUCUUUCACGGUCAAUUUUUCCCUUUUUGGUCCACAAGGUUCCUCGUAUUAAUGGCAGUGGGUUCUGGAUUCCUCUAAUUCAAAUUUUUGGCAGCUUCAACCUAUUGUUAUCAAUUGUGAUGUCCAUCAAUAUCCUGAAAUUCAAAAAGAGGCAUUGGUGGCAAUCGUGCUAUGUUUGGGCAGUCUGGUUUGAAGGUCCACUGGGAUUUGGCUUGCUGCUUUGCUGUCGCAUAACACAGGCUUACCAACUGUAUUACAUAUUUGUCAAGAGGCAGUUACCACUAAUUAGAUCCUAUAUUUUUCUUCCUCUAAUUCUCUUGCCAUGGCUUGCUGGGGCUGCACUUAUACAUGUGAAGAAGCCACUGAACACCCGAUGCCAUAUGGGAACUCAUUGGGUCAUUCCUGCUGUGUGCCUUCAUACAUCCUAUGUUGCUUCUUUGGUUGGAUUCACAGGGGCAAUUCGACAUAUAGAGUUCAGGUUUGAUGAACUCAAAGACCUGUGGCUGGGGAUACUUGUCUCAGCAUCAUCUAUUGGAGUAUGGGUGGUUGCUUAUAUUUUGAAUGAAAUUCAUGAUGAUAUCUCAUGGCUUCAAGUUGUCUCCAGAUUUUUUCUUCUAAUUACUGCAAGUAUUCUUGUGCUGGCUUUCUUCUCUAUAUCAAGUUCACAACCUUUGCUUUCACAAAUCAGCUUGAGGAAAAGAGAACCUCUACAAUUUGAAACAAUGGGCCAGGCUUUGGGAAUUCCUGAUAGUGGACUACUAAUGCAAAGAGAUCCAGCUCCAGUCAUAGAUCCUAAUGAACCACUGGACAAGCUUCUUCUGAACAAAAGAUUCCGUCAGUCUUUUAUGGCUUUUGCUGACAGUUGUUUGGCUGGGGAGAGUGUUCAUUUCUAUAAUGAAGUGCAUGAGCGUGGCAAAAUCCCAAUAGAUGACACAGUAAGAAGGAUCUAUAUGACCCGGCAUAUUAUUGAGAAAUAUAUAGUUGCAGGUGCAGCAACAGAGGUGAACAUAUCUCACCGAACGCGGCAAGAAAUAUUGACUACAGUUGAUCUAGCACACCCUGAUCUCUUUAAUAAUGCAAUAAAUGAGGUGCUGCAGCUAAUGAAAAUGAAUUUAGCAAAAGAUUACUGGACAUCCAUGUUUUUCAUCAAAUUCAAAGAAGAAGCCAAUAUGAGAUCCAAUGACCAUGACCUGGAACAGAUGGCAGGUUGGAACUUCUCUCCUAGAUUGAGUUCUGUACAUGGCACUGAUGAUCCAUUCCAUCAAGAACAUCUUGUGAAGGGCAUUGAUUCAGACACAAAAAGCCAAGAAUUGUGAAUAUUGUGCUGGUUUACUGCAAAGUUGAUUCAGCGAUUGAGCAUGGCAUACCAAGUAUAACAAGUGAUGCAUAAUGAACCCUCAACAUAAGAUUCAAAAUAUGAUGAAAUGCAAACAAAAGGAGUGAAAAAGGAUGAAUAGAGAGAAGAAGGAGGUGAACUGCUUAUUGAGGUGGGAAACUAAUGCAUCUACUACAUUUAUACAGACAUGACCAUGUUAAGUGUCAUCGCUCAAUGUUAUACAGGCAAAAAUGUUCAUUUUGUUAGUGGGGCCGGCCUCAGCAUGACCACAUUGAUUUAAUCUGAACAGUGACACUUGAAAGUAAAGUAACCCAUCUCCCCAAUUUACUUCCAGGAUUUUCAUGUAGUCCAGUAGAAAGUUAUUAGAUAGAUGCAUGGACUCUGGUGGCAGACAAGUCUUAUUUUGAUUAGACAUACGUUCAUGUUAAAUACUAUUUACUCUUUUGGAGGGAAA